AGCCAUAUCUUCAGUCUCUGAGUUGCUCAUCAACAUACGAGAACUCAUGGAAGAACAAAAGCAAUCAACCAUCAGAUCUACAACAGAUGCCUCAGAAGGCUCAACGGAAGCACAUAAUAUGAAGUCAACUACCACCAACGACGGCACUCAACAAACAACAAAUGUCAGUGAAACCAAAGCAUCACAUCAUCAUAAGUUUGGGGCAGAUGCUAAAAAGUCGCGAGGUAGCCCAGGAGGCGUCGUAGGUACACAUGAUCACCCACUGGAAUAUGACUCAGCAUCAUCAGGUCAACCAACAGAUGGGCAUGAAAAUAAGCAAGCAGGCUCAACAGGAGCACAUAAUAAUAUGAAGCCAGCCACUGCUUCCGACAGCUCUCAGGCGAAAAAGGAGACUGAUAAAACUGAAGCGCAGAAAGAUGGAGCAAAACCAGGAGGUAGUGAGUCAGGAAGUGAUGGAUCAGGAUCUGCGGGGACCGAUGGAGGUAGUGGAGGUACACAUGACUACCCACUGCAAGGUGUUGCCAGUUCUACAAAGACUGAAGAAACUCAUGCUAAUCCCAACCAAACCACUACUUGCAAAAGCUCUCAGUCAACAGAGCAGAGUGAAACUCAAGUAUCGUCUCAUCUAUUGACUCGUGAUGGACACCACCCGGGAGGAACCUAUGGAGGCAACACAGGGACACACGGGUUAUAGAAAUUAAUGGUGUGUUGGUUUCAUUUCUGAAGCCUUUCGCAAAGUGAUGUUUAAAUAGGUUUCAUAAACUUCAUGAAUAAUGUUGUCCAAGAAUUUAGUUUGCGUCCUGGGCAGAAUGAUGUAAUUAGCUUGUGAGUUGAAAUAAGUGUGGCGGCAUGGUGUGUUAAUUAGUCGUCUUGUCGUAUGUUUUAAUUUCAGUUCUAUCUUUGAUCUUUUUUCUUUUGUUUUUUUUGGGUGGAGGUUGUAUCUUUGAUCUUUGAUGACUUCAAAAUCAUCCAAGAUCCAUGAGUGUGACGAGUUGAUUUGUUAGUGAUCGAUCAUCUUUAGCAUGCCAUAUCAGCAUCGCUUCCAGGUUUAAAAGAUAGAUAGGGACUAACUUGGAAAUUGAAUAAUCUUCCGAAGAACAAGAAUUAAGUAUAUGA